CCGGAAAACCAUCCCGGAUAGCCUCUGGGGUCCCUUAUAAGUGGAGGUCAGGUUCCGGCGGCCGGCCCCCUGCGCCGGGCGCUCGCUGCACGCUGCAGCCUGCAGUUCCCAGUGGCGGCGCGGAUCGGCGGCCUUGGGGCGCCGGGGCAGCGUUCGGCAUGUCGUCGGGCCUCCGCGCCGCUGACUUUCCCCGCUGGAAGCGCCACAUCGCGGAGGAACUGAGGCGCCGGGACCGGCUGCAGAGGCAGGCGUUCGAGGAGAUCAUCCUGCAGUAUACCAAGUUGCUGGAAAAGUCAGAUCUUCAUUCAGUAUUGGCCCAGAAGCUACAAGCUGAAAAGCAUGACAUACCAAACAGACACGAGAUAAGUCCUGGACACGAUGGUGCGUGGAAUGAUAGUCAGAUACAAGAAAUGGCCCAGUUGAAGAUGAAACACCAGGAAGAGCUGACAGAGCUGCACAAGAAACGCGGGGAGUUAGCUCAGUUGGUGAUUGACCUGAAUAACCAAAUGCAGCAGAAGGACAGGGAGAUGCAGAUGAAUGAAGCAAAAAUUGCAGAGUGUUUACAGACCAUCUCUAACCUGGAGACAGAGUGCCUGGACCUGCGUACCAAACUGCAGGACCUGGAGCUAGCUAACCAGACUCUGAAGGAUGAGUAUGAUGCCCUGCAGAUUACUUUUACUGCUCUGGAGGAGAAACUAAGGAAAACUACUGAGGAGAACCAAGAGCUGGUCACCAGAUGGAUGGCUGAGAAGGCCCAGGAAGCCAAUCGCCUCAAUGCCGAAAAUGAGAAGGACUCUAGGAGGCGUCAAGCACGGCUGCAGAAGGAGCUUGCAGAGGCAGCAAAGGAACCUCUGCCUGUUGAACAGGAUGAUGACAUUGAAGUCAUUGUGGAUGAGACUUCAGAUCACACUGAAGAGGUCUCUCCUGUGCGAGCCGUCAGCAGAGCAGCUACUAAGCGACUCUCGCAGCCUGCUGGAGGCCUUCUGGAUUCUAUCACUAAUAUCUUUGGUCUGUCCGAAUCUCCCCUUUUGGGACACCAUUCUUCUGAUGCUGCCAGGAGACGCUCUGUCUCUUCCAUCCCAGUCCCUCAGGACAAUGUGGACACUCAUCCUGCUUCUGGUAAAGAUGUGAGAGUCCCAACUACUGCCUUGUAUGUUUUCGAUGCACAUGAUGGGGAAGUGAACGCAGUGCAGUUCAGCCCAGGCUCCCGGUUACUGGCCACUGGAGGCAUGGACCGGAGGGUUAAACUUUGGGAAGUAUUCGGAGAUAAGUGUGAAUUCAAGGGUUCUCUGACUGGCAGUAAUGCAGGAAUUACAAGCAUUGAAUUUGAUAGUGCUGGAGCUUACCUCUUAGCAGCUUCAAAUGAUUUUGCAAGCCGAAUCUGGACUGUGGAUGAUUACCGACUAAGGCACACACUCACAGGCCACAGUGGGAAAGUGCUCUCUGCCAAGUUCCUGCUGGACAAUGCUCGCAUAGUCUCUGGAAGUCACGACCGGACCCUCAAACUCUGGGAUCUACGCAGCAAAGUCUGCAUAAAGACAGUAUUUGCAGGAUCCAGCUGCAAUGACAUUGUUUGCACUGAGCAAUGUGUAAUGAGUGGACAUUUUGACAAGAAAAUUCGUUUCUGGGAUAUACGAUCAGAGAGUGUGGUCCGAGAGAUGGAACUGUUGGGGAAGAUCACUGCUCUGGACUUAAACCCCGAGAGAACUGAGCUCCUGAGCUGCUCCCGUGAUGACCUGCUGAAAGUCAUUGACCUCCGGACAAAUUCUGUCAAGCAGACAUUCAGUGCGCCUGGGUUCAAAUGUGGCUCCGACUGGACCCGAGUUGUCUUCAGCCCUGAUGGCAGUUAUGUGGCAGCAGGAUCAGCCGAGGGUUCUCUUUAUGUCUGGAGUGUGCUCACAGGGAAAGUGGAGAAGGUUCUUUCAAAACAGCACAGCUCCUCCAUAAAUGCGGUGGCAUGGGCCCCCUCGGGCAUGCAUGUUGUCAGUGUGGACAAAGGAAGCAAAGCCGUGUUAUGGGCACAGCCUUGAUGACCCUUCAGGAGCAGCGUGGGACCCCCACAGCCCUGUGUCAGAGGGUGAUGCGUCCUCCCAGAGAAGAGCUGGAGCCAUGUGGUACCAUGGCUUUCCUGAGAACUUGGACUUAAGGUCUCUAAGGCCUAGAAGAACCAACACUGAAUCACACUGACUCUGCAAGUGCCUAGCAGAGGUUUGAAUUCUUGCCUGCAUUUGAGUGGGAAACACUACUAAUAGACCUACCAUACCUCAUGGGGAGCACAGGGUCCCUUCUGGCUCUCCCCACUGGACACAGUGCCAAGGACAACCCCACACACUGGGUAUUGGGUCCCCUGUGCUUUUCUUGUCUUUCCAAAGUCUGUUGUGGCCUGAUGCACACUCCCUUCCUGGGGUCAUUUACCCAAGGGACUCACUGUAGUCAUUGGGUCAGUGGAAACCAAAUGCAGGGCCUGUCCUCAUGUGAUAAAGGAUGGGUGGAGCUAUUUUCAGGGCUGGGGGUGUGGUCUGGUCUCAUUGCUGAAACCUGCAUCUGCAGCUGGCCUUCAGAACUCCGUCUGCCUUCCUGCCAACAUUUCCACCUAGCUUUGCCUGUGUGUGAGAGGCGGGGAGUACUUGGAAAGGACUUUUGCCAACCUUCCCCUGUCGGUAGAUUAGCAGCAGAGGAGAACACAUCUGUAUCCUGCAUCACUGCAGGUGCACAACAGCUGGCUGAGUGCUCACCUGGGCAUUCUUGCUGAAGCCUGCAGUGGCUGGUGAGUUCAGCCACUGUGCCUGCAGUGACCUUAGGGUUCUGUCCAAGAAGCCUGUCUAGGACUGGCUAUGAGAAGGCUGGGAAAGCAUCAUCUAUACGCUCACCUGUGCACGUGUCUGAGCUUUGUGUCUGGGUGGCUGAAGCACUAUGUGUUUGUCACAUUUACUUUGCACUUUAUUUUUUGCCUCCACACUGGUUCUCUGGCCAGUAGGGACACGAGUGCUAGAGUUAGGGAAGAGAGUCAACGGUCUUUCUCUGACAUCUUUCCCUGCUUGCAACUCUCCUGUUGGUUUGCUGCCAGAGUUCUUGUGUUGAUGAGUUGAAAUUCGCUGGCCAGGGCACAUCUUUUAUUUAUGUAAUUAUGUGUCCCAACCAAACUUGAUUGUAAAUAAAGGAAAAAAUGUGUUAUAUACUUUUCAAA